GUUGUUCGGUAGCAAGAAAAAGAAAAAAAAAUGUCAGACGAUCAUAACAGUCACGAUGUCUUGGUGGCCAAGUGUGCAGCGAUGGCUUGCUUGUUUUGCGCCACUGCUCUCUUUGGCGGCAUACCAUUCGUGCUCAAUCACUAUUUCAAAUGGACGGAUAAGAAUUCAAAUGCCCGCUCUGCUAAAGUGGUAACAUAUCUGUUGCACUUUGGUGGUGGUGUAUUGCUGGCCACCACAUUCAUACACUUGCUGCCCGAGGUUCAAGAGGUGGUGGAACAUUUACAAAAGUGUGGUCAAAUACCCGAGGUGAAAUUUGCCAUGCCAGAGUUAUUGAUGUGUGCUGGUUUUAUAUUGAUGUAUUUGAUAGAGGAGUGCAUACACAGCUAUUUGCAUAGAAACAAAAAGACCACCUUAAACAAAGAUGAUGGAGUGGGAGCGGCCUUUGAGAGAGGUCAUAGUGUGCGUCGUAGUGUAUUGGUAAAGAAUGGCUUAAAUAAGAAAGACGAAGAGGAUGAAGAUAAAAAUAUAGCAGAGAACUAUGGUUCCAAAGCCACUGUCAGCACUGUAGCUUCCUCCAACGGAGAUGUCUAUCAGAAUGGCACUUAUACAGUUACCAGAAUAGAAAAUAACAAACCAAAUCAUGAUUUGGAAAUACAAAUUUGCCCGCCUUCAGAAAUGCCCAAAUGCAAUAGCCAAGAAUAUCCCUUGGAACACUCUUUGGAGCAUUCGCACAAACCCUCUCUAGAUCACUCACACAACUACUCGCACAAUCAUGCCCACGAUCAUGGCGGUCAUGGUCACUCACAUUUACCUCUAGCUCCCGGUGAUGGUGAAGAUGUUGUCACUUCUUCGUUGCGUGGCCUGGGCAUUGUCUUGGCUUUGUCUCUGCACGAGGUAUUCGAAGGUUUAGCCAUUGGCUUGGAAGAUGCCACCAGUUCGGUGUGGUUUUUAUUUGGCGCCGUGGCAGCUCAUAAAUUGGUGUUGGCCUUUUGUGUGGGUGUUGAACUGAUAGUGGCCCGUACACGUCCCAUAUUAGCCGCCGUCUAUACCAUCACUUUUGCCAUCGUCAGUCCUAUUGGUAUUGCUAUAGGCAUUGCCGUCAGCCACAAUUCAGCCGAUUCAGAAGACAGUUUGGUAUCUAUGAUACUGCAGGGCAUAGCCUGUGGUACUCUGUUGUAUGUGGUGUUCUUUGAGAUAUUGUCGAAACAACAUGCUGGCUUUGGUGCUUUUCUGGCGAUGGUUAUAGGAUUUGGUCUCAUGUUUGGAUUGCAAAAUAUUGGUGAAGGCCACGAUGAUCAUGAUCACGAUCACUGCGCCAAUGCUGUGGAAGAGCUUGUAAAUAGCACAAGAAUGGCACACAGUCAUCACUAGUAUUUACAAUUGAGAUAGCUGUGAUAUUUUUUAGUCUUAAGUAUCAUUUUUAUUUAAAUUUAACUAUUCAAAUAAGUAAAUUACUUAUAUUUAUUUUCUUUUUCUACUCUAUAAAUAUUUAAUAGCAUUAAAAACGAAAUUUUGUAAAUAAAAGAUAAAAUAUUUAAAAAAAAAAAACAAAUAAUUUUGGAAACUUGUUUGUAAUUUCCAAUAAUUAAGUGCCAUUUCUUUGUAACUAUUUAAAAUGAAAAUACCAAUAAAAUUAGUCUACUUCUUUUAAUAAUAUUGAAAUUGAA